AUGACCCGAACCCCGAGCCCGGAACGAAGAGAAGCGUCCAGAAGCCCCACUCGGACAGGCAUGAGGCUCAUCGUACCUCUACAGGGAGUGGUCCAAGGCAGGGGUGGACUCAUCCUAGGUUCCUUAAUCCCCUGUGCCCUCUUCUAUUUCCUCCAAUUCUACCUCAAACGGCACCGUUCACCCCCUUCCGACCCCCCGCCGCCCUCACCGUCGGCGGGGAACCUCCCCGAGCUGCCGCGCUCCUCCUCCCGUGCCAACCUGCUGGCGCGCGGCUCCACCGGCCGCGCGAGCUUGUCCUCUCGGGCGGCCUCCGUUGCCAGGCCUAACGAUUCGCCCUACUACAUUGGUCUGGAUCGAGUGCGGGAGGACCCUUACGAUGAAAUCGCCAAUCAAGAUGGCGUUUUUCAGCUUGGAUUGUCUGAAAACAGGUUGUCUUUGGAUUUAAUAGAAGAGUGGCUUUCGCAAAAUUCGACUGAUUCGAAACUCGGAGUGGAUAGUCAGGCUCUUGGGCUCGGCGGGAUUGCGACGUACCAGCCGAUGGAUGGAUUAGUGGGGUUCAAAGUGGUAAUGAGAAUGUCGUUUUAUUUUCCUGGUUAUAAUAGUUUGGGUUCAACUUAUAACUGGUUCAUUGUUUCACUAAUUGACUCGAAAGUCUGA